AUGGGUGUCUCCAACUCGGUCUUCCUCCCCCAAUCUGCAACCAGCUCGGAUGACCACUUCAAGGCGGCACACCCGAGCCCCAUCCGCCCGUUUGCUGCUACUCCCUUGGCCCGUCUGAAGCCCUUGGACGGCGAUGGGGACUUGGAAAAGCCCAUCCUGCGGGUCGAAGGCGAUCGCAAUUUGAUCGGUCUUCGCUCGGGCUUCCUUCCGAGCAGUCCGCCCGUCUGCCGGCUGGACGGCGCGUGGUCCCCAUGGGAGGAGGCCCUGGAUGCCGCCCAAGGGCUCCAGCUCGGGCUCGGCGAAGCCGACGAGGGCACGUUCCAGUGGCGCCAAAUGCUCAGAGACGAGCUCCCGGUCAUCGAUCUCGGCCCGCUGGAGAGCGACACCGGCCGCCUCCGUCGCGCGCACUUGGUCCUCGCGUUCCUCAUGCACUUCUACGUCCAUUCCCGCACACUCCUCGAUGAGUCCGCCAUGUCCACUCAACUCGAAAAAAUCCCAAAAGCAAUUGCCGUCCCCUUAUGCGCUGUGAGCAAUCUGCUCGACAUGCCCCCGGUGCUUACUUAUGCCGACACCGUGCUCUAUAACUGGCGUCUGAUCAAUCCAGCGGAGGGAUUCACACCAGAGAACAUCGCGAUUGUCACCACAUUCACCAACACCCCUUCGGAAGAACACUUCUUCAAGACAUCCGUGCUGGUCGAGGUUUUGGGACCGACCAGCCUCUCUUUGAUGAAGCUAGCGAUCGAUGAAGCCAUCGUGGCCGACACGCUCUCGGUCACCCGAAUUGCUUCGAGCUUGCUAGUCCUUGCGAGCCUGGUUGAUCGUCUGCGGGAAGUGGUGGAAAGAGUGCGAGACCAUUGCGAGCCUUCGGUAUUUUACUGGCAGAUCCGGCCUUGGUUCCACGGCGGACCACGCGAGAUGGAGGGGGUAGUCGACCCGAAGGACAAGACGCGCUGGCUGGUCACCGACUUCGGCGGCCCCAGUGCCGGCCAAAGCACGCUCAUCCAUGCCCUCGACGUCUUUCUCGGCGUCGACCACCGCCCACACCCCGCCCAGAGCACAUCGACGAACCCGAUGAAGCAGGACACGCCGAGCGGUGAAGAGACGUUCAUGGCCCGGAUGGCGGUCUACAUGCCCUCGCACCACCGUCGCUUCCUCUCCGAACUCGCCGCCUGCCUCGAAGAACACUCCUCCAAGAUCACCACCUUCCCCAGCCUGCCCCACGUCGCCCUGCUCUAUAUCGUCUCCCAGAGCCGCGUUCCUCCCCCCGAGGGAAGCGCUUUCAUGGACGGCUGGCUCGAGAAACAGAGGCUGGAGGCCGAGAAGGCACGGCAGCCUCAACGGGCUCACCUGGGCACCGGUGGAACCGACCUUGCCAAGUUCUUGAAACGCUGCAGACAGAGAACCACGGAGGCCUUGAUCGAUUAA